CACUGACACCCUCACUCCUACCACACUCUCUCUCUCUCACACACACACACAUGCACACACAGAGGCAGCUCCGCCUCCUCUGCAGUGUAGCGGCUGCUAGUGUGAGCAGUAAUGGAGGAUCAAACAGUGCAGAGGGACAAAAUAGAAGGAUCCCGGGAACAAGGAGAUGAUGGGGGAAAGGCAGACUGGAAAAAUGAGUGCUCUUUCUCCAGUCUUCUCAAACAUUCCUGUCUUCUGUGCUGGUCAUCGUCUAGGGAGACAGAUGUCAUAGAAAUGGAUGAGAGAGUCCUCACCAAGGCAGCUGAGAUCAGAGUAAGAAGACCGCAGCACCUGCCACUGGAGCUGGAGAAUGCUGUGACCGUGGAGAACCUGGAGUUAGAGGAGCAGCAGUCGGACCGGAGGGAGCUGGAGGAAACUUUGGUGAAAUUAGACAAACACAAAGAAAAGCUGAUUCAGCAGAUUAAAGCCACCAAACAGCUCUGCUAUGAGGAGAGUCAGAAGAUCCUGUCUCUACAAGCAGAGGAGGUGCAAAAGGAGAGUCAGGUGGAAGAAUAUGAAAGAGAACUUGCCAGAGCCAGGUGGAGGCUGAAGAAGCUCAGAGAGGAGGUGAAACAAGCUAAACUGAAGGUGGAAGAGGCGGGAGAACGUAACACACCCCUGAAGGACUCCAUCAGACAGUCCUAUGAAGAGAUCUUGCAGGAAGAACACACCCUGUGUUCUUUGUCAGGAGGUGCAGCUUCUCCAGAAAGUCAGGUGGAGGGCUCAACAUCUCCUGCAGAUACCACUGAAGAAGAUCCACUUCCCAUGAGGCCGUGGGGAAGGAGCCAGUCCUUGCCUGCCUAUGCUGACCUCAUAAUGGGGGCUGAUGGUUUAACUUUCUGCAAUAAUCUAGCAGGUACCAGAGAAGAAGAUGACAGUGGGACCAGCUCUCCAAAGGACAUGGACAGAUCUGACACAGAAGAAGACCCAGACGACAGAGAGAUCCACACCAAGGAGAGAGAGGAAGGUUCUACUUUUGACCCCAAACCCCUUAGCCAACUGGACUUCUACCAGGACAACCCAUUUACUCACUGCCAGACCGAUGAUGACCUCUUCCGUGAAGAUAUUUUCUCUACAACUGAAUCAUCUGAUGCAUUUGCUUCAGACCCGUUCAAAGGCAGCAAUCCGUUUGCGGCAGAUGUUUUGUUUCCAGAGGCACCAGCGAGCACCGCUGGAGGAGUAGAGCUUGUUGUUGAUGAGGAGGCAGACACCAGCUUGUCUUGUGCUGAAAACAAAGCUUCAACAGGAACUCAGUGCUUUGAGUCAGAAUUCCCAGAUGAAGACAGUGACAUAGAAAUCAGCUACAGUAGAGAAGACUUGGAAUCGGCUGCUGCAGGAAAUGAGUUCUGUGGAUUUAAACCAAUACAAAGCUCAUCCGAAGAACUCGUGCAGGUCUGGAAGACCCAGGGUCAACAUUCUGUGGAAUCCGACCCCAAUGGUUAUGAGCUGGAAGUCUGUCCUGCAUCCCCUCCUCCUGACACAGAGGAUAACUUUACUGCAACCCUAGCCAUGGGACCACAGGAAGAAUCUGACCCAGCGUGGCCGGUCCAGCCGCACAACGAACCUUUACAGCUGGAACAAGAUUGGACAGAUGGCAUCGAUGCAACUCUUCCUGGUGAUUCGUUUUUUAUCGUGGCAACCAUGGACGUUAGUGACAUCACAGACAAACCUCUAAACGCCACUACCCAGAACUUGUUUGAGUCUCAACAUCCUUUGAGACGUGAAUCAAAGGAACUCGACUUAGAUCAGAGCAGUUUGGAGCUAAACUAUGAAGCAGUCAGUCAGUCUUCUUUUGAUCCUUAUGGGUUUAAACUCAGUCCAGAGCAUUCCGGUCACAUCCUUCUAGACCCAGAUGAAUCAGAAUUAAGCCCAGAACCUGUUGAAAGUGUCACAAGCUUUGAUCCAACAGCUUCCUCUUCUUUACCACAUGAACUGAACUUUGACCCUUAUGGGUUUGACACCGCAGCCUCUCUAAUGGUGCGUGACUCUGAUCCUUAUGGCUUUAAGCUCAGUCCCGCAGAGAAUCAGGAGGUACUGGACAUUUGUGGCCAUGAUGACUUAGAGGAAGUUGGUCUUUGUUCUUAUGAAAAUGAAGAGCAAAUAGAAAACAUUCCAUUUAUGAGUCAGGAAGUGUCAAAAACUCACACUUAUGAAAACCAAGAAGUGAUAAAGGAUAUUGACCACAGCCUCCAGAAACUGCCAGAUGAUAAAAACGGCGGGAAACACAACGUGACGGAACCGUCUGGUUAUGAGAACGAUGAGCUGGCCGAUGACUUUCUGGACUUCAGCAGUCAUGAAAAUCAGGAGGUGGUGGAUUCUUGUCCGGCUGCCAGCAAACAGAAACUAGUGGAACCUCUUAUCUGUGAAAACCAAGAAGUGGUAGAAACCUGCGACCAUGGCAAUCAGGAACAGCUGAGUUUCUGCCAUCCGGAAAACCAGGAAGUGUUGGAUUUAGAUUGCCAUGAAAAUCAAGCCCUUGUGGAGUUUUGCAAAGAUGAAAGCCAGGAAUUCCCGGGCAACCAGGAGGUACUGGACCUAUUAGAAAAGGAAAUCAUUCCCAGAGAAAACAACAAUCAGGUCACUGCUGAACCAGAACCCAACCUAUGUUCCAGCAAUGACAGCUCAGAGAGUGAUCCAGCACCCGAAGACCUGGAACUCAGUAACAUACAUAUCCGUCGUGUCAACAUUUCACCCGCCACACUUAAUAAAACUCUCAGCAACACGGUGUCCGACCAAGACUUCAGCAUAUCCGCCACUCAGACCAGUCACAGCCUGUUGGAAGGAGAUCUGGCAUCAGUUUUUGAUGCUGGAGGAUACAUUGGUUGUCCUGACGUGGCUGAUGACCUGGAGCCCCUGGACAGAGGGCAGGAGAACACUCUACCAGAACCAGUACAGCCAGUCAGACCAGUUAGGCCUCCUCGGCCAUCUCUGAGGAGCAAGGGAAAACCCCAACUCUACAACAUUGACCUGAAGUGACCUCUGCAGUAUCUCACCACAACAAAGGAAAUGAAAAAGAUGGCCAGAAGUAAGAGGGUGGGUCAAAGAAGAGAGGGAUGGGUGGAGUUGGUGGAGGAGUUGAUUUUAUUGUGAUUGCUUUAAUUUCAUGGGAAGAAGCUGGAAGCAAUAUGUAUACAUAUACAAGAGCCAUGUGUAAAGGGCAUUUAUUCAUUUAAACUAUUUGUGGAUGCCAGAAUCAGAUGUGGGCAUGAGCUGGCCCACUUCAGAGCAAAACUAAUGUCCCAGUGUUCAGUUGGCAUGCUUUAUUGGACGGUGUGUUAGUGGAACCUAGAAAAAUGUCUGCAGGGGAGACUUUUCUGUGUUUUGUUCAUUUGUGAUGAGUCAGCAGGUGGUAGCCCUAAUAGCAAGCAGUGUCAUUCACCCUUCUCCCGAGUAGAAAGUAGAACAUGUCUGACGGUCAUGAGCUUUUAUUUUAAAGACUCGGCUGGUGGAAAAUACAGUGGAACAUGUAUUAGCUCACAUCAAACCACAGGCCGGCCACUGCCAGUUCAUCCACAAACGCCAUGUUUUGUAUUGAAAAGGGAAAUGCUCAUCUAUCUUAGUGGUAAAUGCGCACAACACUGAUGUUUUUACUGUGAGUGUGAAGGGAUACAUAUUUACGUCUGAAAGAUUGUAAAUCAGAAAUAAUCAUCCUUCAUCUAAGCUGUCACUGUCAGGGCUCCUGGGUCAGGGGUCAGGGGUCAGGGGUCCGGACCAAACUCUGGCUUUUAGGAUGUAUCAAAUAGAAAAUUGCGAGUUUGGUAAAAAGCUGAUUUUAGGAAACCACGGUCUGAAAAAGUUAUGAGGAUGAACUAAAUCUUCUGGUCAUCUCAUGUCUCUGCUCAGUAUCGAACACCCUGAGCGUCGCCCAGUCUGAGUUCCAAAUAUUUGUAAAAUAAUUUUAUCUGUGACUAAUUUUCUUAAACAGCAGCUAAAUCACCUGAAAAGUCAUUUUUUUAUAAGGCUUCCACACCAGCACCGGCUCUACCGUUCACAUCUGCAUAGCCUGGAUUUUUUUCGAUGCACAACUGGUCAUUAUUUAAGCUCUCUUCCCAAGGCGCUCUGCUUCAGGCUGAAGGGGUCCAACACACCCACUGCCGACUGAUUGGCCAGAUCAAAUUCACGCCUACCAUUAGGGGGGAGCCUCAGAUUGGUGGAUAAAAUCAGCCAGCGGGUGCUUCCCGCAUGCGCGAUUCAUUAUCAUUCUGGAUCAUGUGAAGAAAACGCCUCUGACUGAAGCCGUCUCUUUAUUUGUGUUUCUGUCUGAGGAGCACACGCACACACACACACACACACACACACACACACACACACACACACACACACACACACACACACACACACACACACACACACACACACACACACACACACAGACAGCGCUGCCACGCUUGAGCUGCGCCAGGACAGACAAAGCAGAGCAAGAUGUCUCCAAAAGCAACACAGCACACGACCGCCUUUGGUUAAUUGCACGUGUCUUGCACCAUCCACGAGCUUAUGACAUCACUGAUAUCGUCGCGCCAAUUUUGGAGACUGCCCGUAUGCGUGACUCAGCAUAUGGACGGGAUGUGUGUAAUCAAUUAUGCAAAACCGUGACAUAAAAUGGAAGUUUUGUUUCAUGUGAUGAGUGUUUUACUGACUUCAGCCAUUGCCAGGGGCACAGAUUGUUUUAAAUCUAUCACAAGCAGAAAGCCUUAGAAACGUUAAACCUUUUUUACCUUUUGCAGUAAAAAAGAAAAUGGUUUUGGAAGCCACUUGUGCAUGUUUGACAGACCAGUAGCAUGUAUGUGUUGGAGGUGGUCUCUGGAGCAGAGCAGCCUAGGAACCAUGCAUUACGUCAAGCUGCUCUCUGUAGGUAGCCUUCAGAAGCUUUUUCUCCACGUUCCUCCUGCUGAGCCCUCUGACGACAUAUAGACACUGACGAGCUUCAUUAGACAGCUGCUGUGGUGUUGGCUUUCCAGGAG